CCCACAGUACGCGUUGAGGCUGGCCAAACGCGUCCCAGUUGCUGCCAGUGCCACUGUGACAGGCCACGCCGGCCACCUCCUCCAGUCCUCCAUCCGCUUUACAGCUUUCCUUCCCGCGGAAGCAAAUCGUGUCCGUCCGUUGUCCACCCCACGGCCCCACUGAUCCCCUCCCAUGUGAUGCGCUGCCGCCGCCGCCGAUCCCCCGCUGCUCUUUCCCUCGCUUUCCCCUCCCCUCCUCCCCUCACGCCACUCGCCGCCGCCCAUGCCGCCGCCGCUGCCGCAUUCCCCGCCCCCACCGGCUGCCGCGGAUGCGCUCGGCCAGAUCUUGCAGGCUCUGCUCCCGGCGCUGCUCUUGGCUGCGGAGUCCGUGAAGGCGCUCCACGCCCGGUGGCGCGCGGUCCACGGCACGCUGCUCGCGCUCCAGACCUCUCUCGCCGCAGCACCGGACUCGGCCGUCUCCCACCCUCUCUUCGCCGACCUGGUGGCCUCGCUCCUCCCGGCGCUCCGCUCCCUGCAAGCGCUGUCCGCGCGCUGCCAGGACCCGUCACUCCCUGGCGGCCGCCUCCGCCUCCAGAGCGACCUCGACAUCGCUGCCUCCUCGCUCUCUCUGCUCCUCCACGACCUCUCGCUGCUCCUUCGCUCGGGGAUCCUCUACGUCGAUCCGUCGGCUUCGUCCCCCAACGCCAUUGUGCUGCAGGUGCCCGCGCCAGCCGCGUCCCGGGCGGACAAGUCUCUCUUCAUCCGGGACGCCUUCGCGAGGCUCCAGAUCGGGGGGCUCGAUCUCAAGCUCAAGGCGCUCGCCUCGCUACUGGACUUGCUUGCCAACGACAUCGCCGCGGAGUCCGCGCACAUCGUUGCCACCGACGGGGAUGUCGCCGCGCUGCUCCGCCUGCUCGACGCGUCGUCCCACUCCGCGCUACGGGACCGUGCGGCGGCUACCGUGGCCCACCUCGCCACGGCCUGCGUGGCUUCGCGGAAGGUUGUGUUCGACGAGGGCGGCCUUGGCCCGCUCCUUCGCGUGCUCGACUCCGGCUCAGCGCCAGCCACGCGGGAACGCGCCGUGGCGGCCAUUGAAGCCAUCACCGCGGACGUCGGCAGCGCGUGGGCUGUUGCGGCAUACGGAGGGGUACCCAUCUUGAUUAAUGCGUGCCGACCUGGCUCCGGGUCCCCUGUGGUACAGGCUCUCGCUGUAGCGGCGCUCAAGAAUGUGGCUUCCAUCGAGGAUGUGCGCUCAGCACUGGUUGAAGAGGGUGGACUGCCAAUUCUUGUUGAUCUGCUUGCAAGCGGCACUAUUGACGCACAGAAGGGUUCUGCUCUCUGCAUAUGGUCUCUAGCAUCCUUGGGAGACCAUGAGAUACAAUACCAGAUUGUCCAAGCAGGUGCAUUGCUGCCACUACUGCAGGCGCUGCACACUGCUUCUGGCCUAGAUCUCCAUGACACUGUCUUACGCGCUAUCCACGCACUCGCAGUGGUCCCUGCUGCUGCUAGAACUCUCUGCUCAUCGCCGCUCUUCUUCGCGCAACUUACAGACCUCAUGUGCCGUGGUGGUAGCAUCUUGCUGCAGCAGAUGGCCGCUGAUAUGGUUGCUGAACUUGCACCUGGCGUGAGCGACGACACCAAGCGGUGCAUGGCACCGUGCAUUUGCAUGCUGGUUAAGAUGAUGGAGACAGCUAAGCCAGCUACUGUACAGGAGUCAGCUGGCCGUGCCUUGCUUGCUUUGAUGACCUUGAAGUUUAACCGGAAGGAAUUGGUCAGGGAUGAGAAGAGUGUGACUAGGUUAUUGCACAUGCUUGAUCCGAGGAAUGAAGAGAUUGAUAAAAAGUAUCCAGUCUCAGUUGUUCUAGCUCUAGCCUUGGGUGGUGGGAAUGGGACACGGAGGCGGCUUGCGGAUUCUGGCAUUUGCCAGCAUUUACAGAAGUUGGCUGAGGCUGAGGUGCCUGGUGCAAAGAAGGCUUUGCAGAGGAUUUCUGGCAAUCGACUCAAGAGCUUACUCUCUAGAGGAUGGAACAACUAGUCAGUCUGCCAUGUUGGGUUGAAGAAAGCCCAAUGUGGAGUGCUUAUAAUUAUAGAAGAACCCUCAAGUAUUUAAAUUAGGAGUCGUCAUCAUACAAGACCACCGAGCAAGAGAGCGAGGAGUUCUCUGUUUCUCUGCGGCCUAAAGGUGGGCAGUAGCUGGUAUUUGUAGUAUAUUGACAAAAUAGAAGAGCAUUGGAUGCAGCAUUUUAGGAAGUAUCCUUGAGCUUCUAUUUUCUUUUUGACUAUUUUCCUUCUCUUUUCUUUGCCUCUCCCUUCUCCCGUGUAACUGACUUGUGAAGUUGCUGCGUGUUUGUGUGUUGAUUUGAAAUGAAGGAAAUGUUUCUCGUACGAGAUUCUCACA